AAUUUUUAAUCGAAUCAACCAUUUUGUGCAAAUUUCUAAAAAAAAUAAUUGAAAUUAUUGUUUUAGAUUAAAAUAAUCUUUAAAAAUGUGGAAUAAUUUCGAGCAAUCUCCUCUAGAAGAUGAAACCAUAUCAAAUGCUUUCUCUUCGCGUGGAAUUUUUCGCAUAACCAGCGAUGAUGAGGUUACCCAAUAUCCCCAGGUCCAGGCCUCGGUACAAAAUACUAAAAUGGUUAUAUCCAUUGAUAAAACUGUAUUUUUACUGGAAGAUGAAAUGAUUGCCAAAUGCAGUUUAUUGGCGUUCAACACCAACAUUGAUGUACUGGCCAUUUCCCAAACGGGCAAUUUAAUUGUUUGUGGUCUGAGUGAUGGUGAAAUUCAUGGUAUAUUUAUUAAGGGCAUACCACUGUUUAGCCAAAAUAUUAAACAGACGGAUGUUAAUAUUAUUGGUGGGAAAACGUUUGCGGGCAUACAGCAAGUUGGCAAUAAUUUUUGUUUGACUUGCACGAAUGGUAGUGUUUAUAGCCUGUCUGAGAUAGAUGAAUCCAGCUUGGAAUCAUAUUUAAAUAUCUCAUUAAGCGAAAAUGAAACCAUGUCAUGUGCUGAAAAUCUUUACAAUGAUGUUGCUGUAAAGCGCUUAUUUGGUAUUAGAGGUUUAAAUGAAAUUACGGCAGCCUUGUUGAUAAAUCAAAAUUUUGAUUUUUUCAAUAAUCAAUUACCAGAGCAGGAUCCUUUACUAAUAGCUGGCACACAGAAUGCCAUCUAUAUGAGAUCGUCACAAGAUGAUGUAGUGCGUCUUAAUAUACCGCAAAGUUAUCAAGGUGUAAAAAAUAUUUACAAUCUAGAGAAUUUCAUUGUUAUUUUAACUAAUUCGGGCCACCUGUUGGAAUUGUGUCCCUUUACCAAAAUCUUGUUUUUUGCCUCGUCUACACAAGAGGUUUUAAUAGACGACUUGAUAGUUAUGGAAUGCAGUGAUGAAAAUAUAGAAUUUUUAACCUUAACUAAACCUUCGCAGGAUCAUGAGAGAUCGAUAAAGAUAUUAGAUUAUCCAGCUCUCAAAUGUCAUAAUGAACUAGAUGUUACCGAACACUCCUGGCUGGUGCAACAACCAAAAUGUUCUGUUAAUUUAUAUUAUUUCAGUUGUUUGCAGUGUAAUGUCAAUAACUUUCCUUCGGUUUUGGAAAUGUUAUCAGUUUCGGAAACCCAUCCUAGUGAACGUUUUAAAAAAUUAAUUGCCAAAGGCCAUUUGGAGGAAGCGGAGGUUUUUGGCACUCAAUUUGAACUAUGUUUACAACCCAUUUACGAAGCUAAAGCAAAAAAGAUUUUAGUAGAAAUGGAUAGCUUGGGAGAGAACAACCCAGACAUGGCAAAUGAACGCUUUGUGGAGCUCAUGAAACUUUUACAAAACAUUAAAAACAAUGAAUUCUUUAGACAACAUCGCAUGUUUAAUUUGCCCACACGUAAAAUAUUGGAAAAGUAUUUGAAAGAAGUUUUAACUCAUUUGGAUGAAGAGGACGAUGAACAACAUAUUUUAGAAAUUGUGGAACAAUUAGAUCGUCUCAAAACGUUGGCCAUCAUAGAUCCAUACGAAAUUAAUGGCGAUUGGCAAAAAUUCGUUUAUCAUCCCAACUUAAUCAAGUAUAUAACUUCAUUAUUUAAAUCCGAUAUGCCGAUGGCUUGUUUAAUAUGGAAAAGACACUCAAGUGCCUUGUUGCCACAACUCACGGAAAAUAAAUUACGUGAACUGUUGAAUCUAGUACCCAAUGAUACAAAACCAUUCAAUCUUUUACAAUGGCUACGGCUAUUUGUGCCAAUUGUUAGUAAUACUCAUCCCAAUAUAAUGCCUUCAAUAACAGAGUGGAGCAUACAAAAGAUAAGAUCUUUGCAAUAUGCUGAACAUUGGCCGGAAAUUGGUUUGGAAUUUUCCACUAAAGUUACGCAAAUAUUCGAAGACAUGUAUUUUAUGCAUUCGGAUGUAAAAAGGCAGCAUGAGCGUAAUAUAGGCAAACUAAGAGAUGUGGUGAAUGCUUUGGAGGAUUUGUUUGUAUUGAAGAAAAGUUAUAAUUUAAUAUUUACUUUGGAUAAUUAUUUGCAAGACAGCAUAGAUGAAACGGCCAAGUGUAUUUUAUUGCGUGUGCAUUUGGAUAAUCUUAAAAGUUUGGUCAAUGAUUUUCUGUAUCCCAUUUACCAAGAAAAAGGCACUUCUCCGGUAGCGGCCAUAAGACGUUACAUAUCAUUAUUGGUGGCCAGCAGAAAUUCUUUUUCCACCUGGCUGGAGAGAUCGGUGGCCUGCAUAGAACUUUUACACAAUGAAGAUGAUCGUUUAGAAUCGGCUUUAUUGGUUUUACAGAAUUCUCCUGUACCUUGGCCCGAUACCGUGGCUCCUUUAAUUAAGCUGCGCUAUUCUACCCAUCCCUUGGCUUUGAAAAUCAAUACCGAAUAUGAAAUUCAAGUUAUCAAGAUAAUGAAGGCCAAAUAUGGCUGGCCUACGGAUGUGGCUUCUGAUAUUAAUUUGAAUUUGUUUAUGUUUCGUAUUGUAAAAAUGGAUUUGCCCGAUAUGUUGGAAGAUAUUAAGGUGCUUACCAAGGCGGCGCCGGAAAUUGCCAGUAGCGCUAAUUCCAAUUGUUGUUAUCAAAUGGUUAAACAUGGUAAACUGGAAGUGGCUUAUGAAUUUUUCAAAACCCUUAAAGCAGAUAAAAAUUCCCAAUAUGCUGUAGAAGUAACUGAAUUUUUUGCGCAUCUUUUGGAAAACUCCAAUAACAGUUUUAGCGAAUCUCUAGAAGAACAACGUAAUCUUAUAGAAUUUUAUAAGCUCAUCACCCCUGUUAACAUGGCAUCUUCUCAAAAACGUUUAAAAUCCAUACAAAAUAGUUUUGUUCUAAGAAACAAAUAUCAAUUGCCUAUUAAGGAUAUUAACCAGCUGGUAUUGCUAGAAGAUCGCCUUAAACUUUUGGAUGAGGGCAUAGAAAAUAUAAUUAAACGCAGCCAGGGUGGUGAUAAUAUUUGUAAAUACUUUACCGCCGAAAUAAGUGAGCUAGCGACAGCCUUAAAUUUUGCCAAAAUGUUUGGUGUUAAACGUUUGUGUCAGCGCAUGAAAUGUUUAAUACUAUCCUGUGCUCUUACCUACAAUAUAAUGGAAAUUGCCGAUUGUAACAUGGAGACCAAAGAUGAUUACAUUGAUAUGGCUUUGGAGCUAAUGGCCCAACAGAUACAAUUCACAAAAGGUUCUCAGUCCAGCACUUUGACUGCCUUAUUAAACGAUAAUGAUCCCUUGGCAUUCCUCUUGGCCUAUGAGCUGUUGGUGAGAGCAUCGCUCUUUGAGCAAACACAAAAUUGUGAUCUGGUUGAGUUGAUUAACUAUGUGCGCAUUGCUAGUAGUACGUACUCGCCCAAUGAAAUCGACAGUUUUUAUGAGGGCCGUGAAAAAGCUAUAUCCAAACUGAUUUGUGAAGCUAUAGAUGCGUCAGAAAUUGCCGUGGGUGAUGCUACUUUGAAUUUUACGGCAGCUAUGAAUAAUUCGUUUGAUGUUAAACCAGAAAAUCCAAAAAAGAGAUACUCGGUUUCAUUGUUCGAUGAGGUUUUGCCCAUGCCGCAGCAGCAGACUCAAAAUAAGGUCACCUAUAGCGAACAUUUACAUAUUGUCAAAUUUGUUUCGCGCACCCUACUCUUUCUGGUCAUAACCGCACCCUCCACCAAUGGACUGUUUGCCAAGCUGAAAGAAAUGAUUUUAAAAACAGCAGAUCCCUCAAUAGAAAUUGAUCUGGAUAGUGCUAAAAAUGAUUUCUUUUUAUCGCUCGAGCAUUUAAUAAAAAAUAAGAUACACGAUGUUUGGUAUAUAAUGGCACAAUAUCUGUUGGACUAUCAAAAAAGACACAAUUGCAAAUUGAUCAAUGGAGAUUUUAUAUCAUUACAAAUGGCCCGGGUAUUCAGGAAUGUUAUGUCACAAAAGGAGGUUAACUUUUUGGAAUUAUUUGUUAUGUUAACGGCUGAUUGCUAUUCUAAAAAUUUGCUGGAGAAAUUGGAGAAUGAUUUGAGAACGGAUCAGCAAAAGGUGAAUUUAUUAACUUUAUCCGAAAUGUAUAAUGUAUACUUUGAGGAGAUAGACAAUGUGGAGGCCAUAAGAAAUAAACGCAUUAAACAUUAUUACUAUUUGGAAUUUUGCAAACAAGAUCCUUCUAUUAAGGGUAAAUUUAAUGCUGAAAUCGAUAGUAUCGAACAGCUAUUGAAGGAGUUUCAUAACAAGCAAUUGGAUGUUCAUUUGCUGGAGCGCAUGAGCAGAGAUUUUCAAUUGGAUUAUCAGAAAAUGUUGGUGACACAGGUGGUGAGCAUUUUACAGGCUCAGGAAUUGCAGUAUGAUAUAAAAACCGAUGGUUUUGGCGAUGAAGAGCUGGUAAUGAUUACCACCGUGGAGAAUAUUAGAAGUUUAUGCCAACCUUAUAUAAAUGAAAUCAAAAAUACUGAUUUAUUGACAUCGAAACUAAAACAAUUUAUAGAAGAGAUCCACAUCUAUUUCUAUGAGUUAUAUUUGUGUGUCAUCGAAAUCCUGUUAGACUACAAUGCUGUGCCCAAAGAAAUGCAAGUAUGGACUAGUAUAUUGCACUUUCUAAAACACAAAAUGACCACCAGGCGUCGUAAUCGACCUGGUCAGUUGGAAACCGAUAUGUGGUUUGAAUCGCAAAAGGAAAUUGGAGUUUUACCCAAAAUCUCACGUUAUCGUUUACCCUUCAAACCCAUAGUCGAGCAGCCCUUGAAAGAUAUCUUAGAUACUGAACUGAAUGUGGAUAAUUGUGAGAGUUGGUUCCCAUUGAUACAAAUGCAUAUGAUGUUAAAGGGUUCCACCGAUAUAGCACAUAAUUGUGACUAUUUUUGCAUGUCGGCGGUGAAAAAUUCUAUAGGGGAGUAUAAGAAUCGGGAUGAUUCAGAAACUUGGCAUUUACAGCCUACAAAUAAUGCUUUUCUCAAGUCGAUCUUACGUUUGGUCAAACAUGUCCAUAAUCCCUCUAAAGCUUUCAUGAUCUUAUAUUUUGUUUCCAACUAUGCUCCCGAUGGGGCCGAUCAAGUGGAGGCUUCUUAUGAAUGCUAUAAAUAUGCCUUGAAAAACGAAAAACUUAUAACAGAUCCCAAAUGUCAAGAGCAAUUGUCGAAAAUUAAACGCAAAUAUCCCACACUAAAAACCCAGCAUUUGCUUUAUGUUUAUGGCUUGACCGAUGAGAAACUUAUGCGUUUGAUAGAGAAUCCCUCGGAGCUUAUCUAUCAUUUGUAUCAUCUGGAUGUAAUACUCAAGGGUGGUAAAUUGGAUAUAAAUGCUGUGGUUAAGGAAAUUGCUGAACUGCAUGAGUUAAAUGUGGAACCCAUACAGUUUAAGUUGCUGCAAAAAUGGCUAUCAUUUACCGUAGACCAACCCGAUGGCACCAUAUUAGAUGAGACCUUGUUUGAAGAUCAAAAUUUAUCGGAAAAUAGUUCGGAAGAGUUUAAUAAUGCCGCCGAAAAUGUUAUAAGAGCUAAUUAUAUAAUAACCAGCUGGCCUAAAGAGGUGGCAGUGCAAUUUUUGGUAGCCAAUAUCUUUCCUCCCGAUGGCUCCGUUAACACCUCCAAACAGCUACAGAUGUAUGAGUGCUAUUUCAAACUCUAUGAUGGCAGCAGUUUCUCCUUUGACAAUAUGUUUAGCCAAAAGCAGUACAUCACCAUUAAGUGUGUACAUGAGCUUAAGAAAUUGGGUUACAAUUCCAGUCUGGAUAAAUUUGCCGAGAGCAAUAAAAUCGAUAUACUUAAAACGUUGUGGCAAAGAAAAUCGCACAAUCCCAAUACUUUACAAAUAUUGGCCAAUAUUUGUUUAGGUUUCGAUAUUUAUUUGUCCAAAAUUUGGAAUGGCAUUUUAAAACGUAUGGUCAUGCUAAAAAUGAUUAAAGAAUUGAAUGCUUUAGUGGAUGUGUUGUCUUGUAAACCGGAACUAUUGCACACUGAAGGUUUGAUAAUGGCCUGGGAUUGUGUUUUAUUGGAGCCGUUUAUAAAUGCCAAUCAAACGAAAUCUUUUGAACAGGAGGAACAAUUGUACAAUACUUUAUUUAGAUUGCAGAGUUGUCCCGUAGUACAUUCCUUGAAUCUGUUUAGAUUUGCUGAAAACUGUUUGCGCUUAGAUCGUCCUCAUAUGGCUGCCAUAUUUUUGGCAUUUUGUAGAGCCGACGAACAAAAAACUAAAAUCAAAAAGCUUAUUACUUUGCGCAAUGAUAAAAUGCGCCAGGAUAUUUUGGAUUUAGAAGAUGUGGGCAUUUUGUCUUUCGUUUUAAACUUUGCUCUUAAAGAGUUGAAUUUAUAAAUUAUGUAUAUUUUUAAGCACUCAAUUUCAAAUGAAAUACAACAUGGAAAUAGUAUUAAAUUAUUGUAUUAUGAAAA